AUGGCGCACGCCGAAAGGUUUUUUGUUUAUUUUCACUCCUUUCAGGGAAGGCGCUGGCGCUCAUUGCUGAAAGCGGCAAGUGUUUUUUUCACAAUGCUGCGCUUCGCCGUGCGCCUGACCUCUAGUGUCUGCGUGGCGGUGACCACUUUUGACAUCGUUGGACAUCCGGCCGUCGUCACAGGAGCAUCGAUGUGGCCAACGCUUGAAGGCACUGAUGCACGAUGGUGGUAUAGGGAUUUCGUUUGGCUGUCUCCGUGGGGUAUUCGUAGUCCACGUAUUGGGGACGUUCUCACUUUUAUAUCUCCUCGAGAACCUGAUAUGGUGCACAUCAAGAGGGUGACGGCUGUCGAAGGCGAUAUCGUCAAGCCAAAACAUCGAAAUGAGCUCCUCCUCGUGCCGAAAGGCUGUUGUUGGAUGGAAAGUGAUAAUCCAGUGAAUGCCAACGACAGCAACAUCUAUGGCCCGUAUUUGUUUUGA